CUUUCAGUCCUCAGGAGUGUAGUCAUUGAGCGUAAACCACCCACUGACGCGAGAAUUCUAUGUGUCUCGAAUUACCUGCCUCGAAAAGAGUAAUAGUGUUAGCAGACAUGUACCUAAUAUCCACUCUUUCUUCUCCUUCUUCCAACUUUAUUUUAGCUGGUCUACUCCAUCUGCAACACGAAACCAGCACUACCUAUAUAUCUAUAAUGCGAAUACCCCUCUAUUUGUCUGGUGUUUCUAGAGUGAAGAAUGCUCGUAGCCGGUCACUUGGUCCCACAAACAAUGAUAAAGUUCGUGUCAUAGCCCGAAGGACCCAAGACGCCCUUCGAGACGACGACGAAGAUCCAGCUACUGUCAGACAUCAUGGGCUUUUCUUUGAUAGUGCCAUCGGGAGAAUUCGUCGUAGCAGCUCGAGGCUGAUAUCUGUGUUUCGUGGUGGCAAUGCUACCAUUGGUCAACAUAGCCUAAGGUUAUCGCCCACCGCUGAAGAUGCCACGGACAUUUUUGUACCCUCUGCGGUGUUGAAGGCUCUGUCACAAUGUCAAACACCUCCGCCAUCCGACACUGAGGAACAACCACAUAAUGUGAGCAACAAGACCACAAAUGAAUUGUCAAAGAUGAGUUUAGACAAUGCACCGAUUUGCUCUGAGAAAUUACUUCGCUUCGACGGACCUGCUGAGCCAGGUACAACAAGACGUUACUCUACAGUCAACCGCAAGAAGUCAACGCCAGCCCUAUCACUGUUGCGUAAACUAUCAUUCUCACCUGCUACCACUACGGUACAUCAUCGCCCUCUGGUAAGAUCUAGAUCCAGUACCUACGCUGAAGCUCCUGGGGGCUUACCGGAUCCGACUCCACUGGAACUUCCUCAAAUUCCUAAAAAUACUCAGUCGAGCUCCCGUUUUACGAGCCCUUCUACAUUGCCCACUCCUCCUACAUCCCCAACAACCCCCGCCUCCACUGCACCAACGUCAGUCUUUACCGACCCGGUCGCAAGAUCGGGCUCCACCACUUCUCGUCUCUACCAACGCGACUCUCCACCAAAACUUCCUUUCCAGGGUCUAGGACCGUUGCAGCUUGGAGAGUCAGCUCCCUUUUGGCUGGAUAGCGCUCUCAGCUCACCGGAUCCUAUGGUCCCUACCAUUGCGACUAUUGAGAAGAUCGCAUCAACGAAGGUCUAUUUCGAAACACACUACAACUCGAUCCUGGCUGAGAAUACGUCGCCUAGGUCAAUGAGACGCCUUACGUUCGAGCGGGCUCUGAACUUUACAGCUAUAACCAACGAAGAGCGUCAGAGACGUCGCGACGACUGGUACCAAGCUGAGAGCAACCAUCUCAGACACAAUCGUUCCAUCAGGGCAAACUCUUAUGUUCGACGUACCAGGAAAGGCUUUCCAAGUACCAAAUAUGAAUGUGUCCGUGUACUCGGGAAAGGGAGCUUCGGACUGGUCCGUCUUGUCCGUGAGAAGUCAAUAUCGUCAAAUGAUGAAUCAGGACGGAUUCCUGCAACAGAUGGUGCUUCCUCACAGGAUAUGAUCACGCCCGGGUCUUCAGAUGAUACUUGUAUCAUUGGUGUGAAUGGCUCGUCAACGUCUUCUCAGAAGAAGGUCUAUGCGAUGAAAGUCAUCCGGAAAUCAGAGAUGCUACGUAACAGUCAAGAGGCCCAUCUUCGUGCCGAGCGGGAUUUUUUGGUGGCAUCGGAAAACUCUCGUUGGGUAGUACCGUUGGUAGCAAGCUUCCAAGAUAGCGUUAAUCUCUAUCUCGUAAUGGAGUAUAUGGUCGGCGGAGACUUCCUGGGUCUGUUACUUCGCGAGGAUGUGCUCGAUGAGAGUAUUACCAAGUGGUACAUCGCAGAGAUGAUAUUGUGUAUUGAGGAAACCCAUAAGAUGAGUUGGAUACACCGCGAUGUCAAACCUGACAACUUCCUGAUCACAGCCUCGGGUCAUCUCAAAAUCUCUGACUUCGGUCUCGCAUUCGACGGCCACUGGGCACACAAUCAGACCUACUACAAUGAUCAGCGAUAUACACUCAUCGAUCACUUCAACAUUGAGGUUCGAGGUGAUGACCAAGAUAUACAGGAAGAACUCAACAAAGUUGGCGUCUUCGCUGAUCCCCUGAACGUUCCGAGUCAAUCAGGUGUCGAGGAGACAAAGCGUCCCCUACCACCAAAAUUGGACUGGCUCAAUGGUCGCCAUAUGCGCAAGUUUGCACGCAGUGUUGUCGGUACUAGUCAGUACAUGGCCCCAGAGGUCAUCAAUGGCGACUGCUACGAUGGUCGCUGCGACUGGUGGAGCGUAGGCAUCAUAAUGUAUGAAUGCAUGUACGGUAGCACGCCGUUCUUCAACGAGGACCGCAAUCUCACAAAGGAGCGAAUUAAGUAUCACAAGCACUAUCUGCGCUUUCCCAACCGCACGCGCAUCGCUCGACCCAAUAGUGCUGUAGGCGGCUACUUCCUCGCCGAUGUAACUGUCCCAGCCAUUGAACUCAUGCGUUCCCUCCUCGAAGAUAAGGAAUGGCGUCUGUCGUCUCCUCGCUACAGAUGUAAUGACUCGCCACGUUCUCGCGCCCCUGGCCUCCGUUAUCCACGCCACAUCAAUGCUCUUGGACCGCGGCCAGGCUUUGUUUUUGCCAACGACGCCGAAGACAUCAAAACUCACGAGUUUUUCUCCGGCAUUGACUGGGAAAUGCAUCAUUUGACACGACCCCCUUUUGUGCCUAAAGUCGGCGAUCGAGACAUCGCCAAGUACUUCGACGACGAAAAAGACAUUCUCAGCUCAAACAGCCAUGACAGCUCGACAGGUGCCGAAGAGAUGGGGCUGACUGCAAAUUCGCUUAAACCUUUGGACAAUCAGCGUAGAACUCGCUCUGCAGAUCACGCUGUUCCCGAAAGCCCUUAUCCGCGCUGGAACUUGCCCCAACCCCAUGUCGCAGGUGCUCAAGGUAAGCCAGUGAAGCCGCGAAAGGAAAAGAAACGGCCUCGAGAUAGGCUACUGCGGGACCCGGCGCUGGCGAAGACCGUUAUGGAGAUCAGGAAAAGGAACGCGUUCGUUGGAUACACCUGGCGAAGUGCAAGACACGGCGCCUUGCUUGGAGGUGGUAAUACGAAUGGGGUGCUCGUCGCAGGCGAAAGAAUGAGUGUUGAUGGAAUUUGGAGCAGAGUGGAUGUCUCUGGGGCCUUGUUCUCCUAGCCUUUAAGAGACAUCCAUGUUACGAGCAUAGCUGACUUUAGCUUUUCCUGCCAAGGCAUAAGCAGCGACGUUUGGUCAAUGCUUGAAUAUCAUCCUUACCACUUCCCUAGAGAGCAGAUCGUGCGGUUGAAUCAUGGUAAAUUUAUAUGAAAUGGUAUCGAGUGAUAUGUCGGCGGACCUACCUUUUCAAC